AUGUCCAACUUUCUUCCUUAUAACUUUACAACUCAACCUGUGUCAACGUCUCCAACAGUCUCAAGCACCAACAGGUCUCACGAAUUCAGUGCUACAGCAUCCCAUGCGGCUCAUACCUCGUCUUCCCAUCCAGCUACACUUGUCUUUCAACGACCAGAAUCAUCUUCACCCACUCUCCAAUCAACGCCAUCUUCUUCAUGUCUGUUUGUUCCUUCAGUGCCUUCACAUCAUUCCUUAACAGUUGCCGAAUGGGCUGGAACAACAAGGAAACCAAAGAAUGCGUCUUUAUUUCCUAGUGCACCUAUACCAGAGAGUGGUGAUUGGCAUGAUGUGCACAACAAUAUCAAACGGAUGGAUCAGUUAUAUGAUGCAACAUUCUACUCUUGGCUCAAGUCAGAAGACAACGUGCUUGUAACAGCAAUGUACUUGCAUCGGAUUGCCAAUGAAUAUCCUUUGGAGAGGAUCACAAAUGCCCUCAAAUGGCUGGUUGCUGAUUGGCGUUGGGAAAGCACAAGUAUUCUUGUUCGUCAUGUCACUGUGGAUUGGUGUGAUGAAGCGGGUGAUAUCAAACGAGCUUGCUUAUUACGAGACCUUACUCAGAAUUGGGCAACACAAUACACAGCUACGCUUAUCACUACCAUUCUUGCCACACCUCCCUAUGUAUCGACAACCAACGCCCAACGAGAACGCUUUUUACGCUCAUUUGCUCAGGAUUGGGACUUUUCAAAGCUCUCCGAAUUCUUCAUGUACCUACAAAGCAGAGCCAACAUUGAUUACAAGCUCAAAUGCAUCAUGUUACAAGAAGCUGCAAAGCGAGAACGUGAAACAUUGAGUGCCAAACUCUAUUCACGAAUGAAGAGGGCCAAAUCAAAAAAGCGACAAGAAAAGAGCAGCAUGCAACUUGAUAACAAUGCAACGCCAUCAGCAAUAGCAUCAUCAUCAUCAUCGACUACAGAGAACACAACCAAUCCUAGUAGCAACAGUUGCCAUGAUACCGGUGGUGGUGAGGGUGACGAUCCCAUGGAUAUGGAUGAUGAUGAUGAUACAACAGCCGAACCAAUGAAGGAUUUGGAACCAUGCACAGCAUCUGCAGCUUCGGUAACAACGGAUGAGCAAGUUGUUCGGGUGGCGAAUGAGGAUGGUGGUAACAGCGGAUCAUCGUCAUCAUCAUCUACCAGUAGUAGCAGCAACAGCAGUACUUGGAGACAUCAUCGACGAACAUCGAGCAAUGAUACCAGUGAUAUGAACAAACGCUUUCGAUUAUCUCGAUCGGAUUUGGAGCCUGGGGAAUCUGAGAAUUGUUCAUCCAGCUUGGCAACCGGUGCCAAUAGCAACAAUGCUACUUGUUCCACAAUGAAUGUUUCUACAAACACUACCACCACUACCACUACAGCUGCACCUUCUGUUGUUCCUUCAGAUACCAUUACCAAUACUAGAAGAGCAGCAACACCAGAUCACGCUUAUCGACCUCAUCGCCACCAUCACCAUCAUCUUCAUUAUCAUCACCAUAUCCGCUCUUCAGCCAUUGCCACCGCAUCCACCAGUUAUUCAGUAUCCAAUGAUACUAGCAGUAAUACUAACAGCAAUGAGCGGCAAACCAAUGAUGCGAAUGGGAUUGGGAGCGACUUUUCAAACUUGCACCUAGGUUUUGCAGCAGGGUCGAUGGCAGUUAAUAAUGCUAAUGCAUCAGCAAGUACAUCAACAACAUCCUCCACAACAACAUCUCAUCACCACCACCAUCGCCAUCACCAUCAUCAUCCAAUCCCUUCGUCUUCUCCUACAACUCCUACAACAUCUACUGCACCGCCCACUGCUUCUGCCACUUUUUCCAAUUCAUCCAGACAUACUUGUUAUCCAACUUCUUCCUCCGCAUCACAAUCCCAUUUACAAAUCCACAACUUUCGCCUACGUCGUCGUCGUUCCAGCUCUAGUUCAUCCACUGGAUCCACCGGAUCUAUAGGGUCUACUGUAUCCCAUCCUGCAACUACUACUACCACCACCACCACCACCACUACAUCCUCCUCAGCGUCUACCGCUACGCCAUCCAUGGAUCAACAACAAUCGCUUGAUGAUGAUGGAUCAUCCAAUAUGAAGAAACGAGCAACACCUGUCAACCAGGAAACUCAUGUCUAUCGCUAA